AAAUGCUGGGUUAUUUUGUCAUGUUUUAUACAGCUCGCAGAGUAAUCCUGGUAAUCAUGCUAUAAAGUCUAGCUGUCUUCUGCCAGCUGUUUGAACUUGACAGUAGGGAAAAAAAAGUCUCCAUAUCAGAUCAUUUUGUGCGGUGGGAGUGUGUCGCUUUUGUGAAGGAACAUCCCGCACGGUUCCUUUCGAUGGCAGCCAGCAGGACCCUGAAGGCAUCGUUCAGCUGCAGCUGGUAGUGGUUGUGCGAGUCUUUUCGGAAUCCGGAAAUGAUGAAAAAUGUUUCAGGAGCAGACAAACUUUGCUGGUGAACGGGCGAACGGGAGAAUGGAGAGAAGGGAGGGAUAUUGAAAGAUUCGCGACGACAGCGGGAUAAUCCCCGGAAUGAAGGAUUUCUGAGGAAAGAAAUCAAUAAUCAAGAGUGAUUUGAUCCCACAGAAGUAUUAGAGCUAAUCAACGCAGCCAUAAUGGAGCUUCACUGAGCAAAAGAGAUGGAAAUGACUCAAACUUGACCUACCAGAGAGCUCCAGCGAUGUUUGAAAGUGUCGCAGGGUGAUCCUUGCGCGAGCUUUUUUUUUCCUCUUUCGCGUAUCACGAGAGGCGACUGAAGAGAAGCGGCCCAUGUCCCAGAAGACGGUCUUGCCUCCGGAAGGGCCUGCCGGGCCUGCCAGGGGAACUCCACCGGAGAGAAGCCUACUCCUUUCAGACUUUCACGAUGCAUGUGACAAUCGCAGUGAUUCAGCGGCCCCCGAGGAGGAAGUGGCGGGGAGCCCCCCCGAGUCGCCGUCUGAGGGGCGGGGCACCGCGCCGGGGGGAAAUUCCACCAACGGCGAGCUCGUUAGAACUCAACCUCAGCGGCUCCCUCAGCCAACCGCCUCCGUGGAGCCCGGCGACGGAGAUGCGGGCCAGAGCCAAAAUGGCCGCCGCGUGGGCCUGAGCAAUGGCGCCGGGCUGGAGCCGAGGAGGCACCCGUCUACGGUUUCCCACAAGGUCCAGCGCAAGCUGCAGUCCAGCCUGUCGGUGCACAGCGACAGCAGCAGGAAGAGCAAGACCAGCUCCGGCUCCUCCCACAAACCUGGCUCCUCCCCCGAAGACUGCUGCGUGCACUGCAUCCUGGCCUGCCUGUUCUGCGAGUUCCUCACCCUGUGCAACAUGGUGGUGGCGCAGGCGUCCUGCGGGGUCUGCAGCCCGGAGGCCUGCUGCUGUUGCUGCGGCGACGACCUGGGCGACGACUGCAACUGCCCCUGCGACAUGGACUGCGGCAUCAUGGACGCCUGCUGCGAGUCCUCCGACUGCCUGGAGAUCUGCAUGGAGUGCUGCGGGAUCUGCUUCCCCACAUAGGGGGAAGACCCGCUCCCCCCCCGCCCCCAAUCACCACAGCGCAUGCCUUUGGGCCCCGCC